AUGCCGGUCAGAGUUAAGAAGUCAGUCUCUAGGUUUCUAAACCACCAGGUCGCUCAUAGAAUAAGACUAUUGGAAUCAGCCUUACUCGAAAUCCAUGAUCUUGAUAACCGCAUGAAAAUGGAACUAUUAGCUUUGAACACCCUUGCUAAUCCAAAUGACGACGAAUUUUGUGAAGAGGAUUGUAUGACAUAUGUGUCUGCGGAAGACGAAUUACUAAAAAGCCAUGAGAAUUUUAAUGAUUCUAACUGUGGUGUCAAUUAUGAGUUGGUGGAUUUGAACGAUGAUGUUACAGCUUAUGAAUCAUCAAUUAAUAAAAUCGACGAACAAAUUCAAUCAAUCGAUUAUUCAUCACAGUCAUCAUUAUUAUCAUUAUCACCUGAACAAUUGAGAAUAUCCAACGAAUUGUCCCUAGAUAAUGAAUUAAAAUAUCGUAAUUUACAUGGUAAACAUUAUACUUCAAGUGUUGAUGGUGAUUUCUAUCCGAAUUCAGAUUCCAAUAAUUCAUUAUUAUUUGAUACAGAUAUAUUAAAAAAUUCUUUAAACAAUAAUAGUAUAACACAAAUUGAAUGUAUGAGACGUCGUUAUUCAGAUCAUAAUGAUUCACUAUCUGGUAUACGAUAUAUGGAAAAUGUGUAUAUACGUGAAGAAGAUAAUGAUAGUGAUUAUGUUGAUGAUGAUGAUGGUAGCAUCAAUUUAGAUUCUGUCAAUAAUCUAAUUUCAACGAAAAAAUGUACAUAUGCUUAUAUUGGAUUAUUAUUAACUUUUAUCUGUAUUGCAUCAAUCCUAUUUGUAUUUUACAUAUAUCCAAUGUUCAUUUCAUCGACGCCAUCAUCAUCCUCAUCAUCUUUUGUUCAUGAACAAUCUUUAUCAUCUGUACAAAAAAUCAGAACACAAAAUCUAACCAAUCAGUUGUCUCAAGAAUUUCAAGAUCAACAUAAACGUCUUUGGGCUCAAAUUCGUUCUGCUUUAGAAUCACCAUUUCAACAUGAAUAUACAAAUCAUCAAAGGCACACUACUAAUGAAAGGAUUCCUCCUAUAGUACUUCUCAUUGUCAAUCGUUACAUACAUUCAAUAGUCAAUAACCAAUCUAAACAACAUCAUUCUACACCUAAUCACAAUGAAAAUGUAUCGUUUGAUUGUUUUAUUACACGUCUUGGUCAAUUAGUGAAUAAUUUGUAUUUAUCAAAUUCUAAAAAUUCAUGUUCAAUUCUAAAAGAUCACCAAUUCAAUUCCUUAAAUAAACAAAAGUUUGAUCAAAUGAAACUAGAAUUUGACAAUCAACUUGAUGAUUUAUAUAAAUCUGGUUCACGUUGUUUUCAUUUUACUUCAAUUGAUUUGCUACCAGCUGAAAUAGUUCUAUUAUUUCAUGGUUAUACCGAUUCAGAGAAUUCAAUUUAUUCUAAUUCUAUAUUAUUAAUAAGUUUAUCAAAAAGAUUUGAUGUAUAUGAAUCAUUGAAUUGUACAAAAAAAUCGGAAUAUAUUUUACCUGGUUGUCAAACAGCUAGUCAAUUUGAACAUCAAGUAAAUCAGUUUUUACGAUCUUUAUGGAAUAAAUAUUUGGGUAAUGAAGAGGUAGAUGCAUUAAUUUCACGUUUAACUACAAAUAUUAUUAUAUUUCAUACAUAUGAUUAUAAUAAUAAUAAUUUGGAAAUCAAUUCAACUUGUACCCAAUAAGAUAAAUAUGCACCACCUAUUCCACAUAGGAAGCCUGUAAUAUGAACCUAUUUUGUAUGAAUGAGAAUAUUAAAUUGAUCAAUCAAUAUAAAUAUUGACUUUGUAUUUUCAUUCAUUAUCUGGGUUCAGCGUUAAUAGCAAUGAAUAAGGGUUCUCGGUUCGAUCUCCGAUGGCUUUGUACUAUUGAAUGGUUCCACAUUAGAAAAAAACGGGUGUCCAGGGAUUUCUUGCCCCUAAGGUCAGUUGGUAAUAUAAAAUAGGAAAUUCAAUAAUCUCUACAAAUUUAGACAGUAACAACAACAAGGUUUGCAGGAUGAAAUGAAUUCAUCAGUUUAUUUUCACGGUUUCUCAUCAGCUGCAUACAACCUAAAAUUAAAAUUAUUGACAUAAUUAGUAAGCAAAGAUGGAUAGUGCCUAGCAGUGAAAUCCAGUUUGACGCGCGUUUCAU